UUUUUUUUUUGUUCUUGUGAAGAAAUAUGACACCAGAAGAACAUACUGUUACGGCACUUGAAUAUAUCGAAAAGCAAGAACAACUUGAAAAAGAAGCACAAUCAACUUUACCAGGAAAAUUCGAAAAAUGUACCUUUUCCUUGGGUUAUAUUCGACAGCCCUUGUAUGCGUGCAAGACGUGUUCAGUUGACACUGAGCAAGAGCCAGCAGGCAUGUGCUACAGUUGCUCUAUUGCUUGUCACUCAAGCCACGAGUUAUUUGAACUGUUCCCAAAACGCAACUUUCGUUGCGAUUGUGGUCUGCCCGGCAAGUUUAACGAACAUGCCUGCGCACUCACUAUUCCAGCUAAAAAAAUCAUCAGAGCAAACGAUAAAAACACAUACAAUCAUAAUUUCCAGGGACGAUAUUGCAGAUGUGAUCAACAUUACGAUCCUGAAAAAGAGGAAGCUGUCAUGUAUCAAUGUGUUGCUUGUGAAGAUUGGUUUCAUGAAAGGUGCAUUGGCAAUAUUCCCGAAGCAAUUGAAGAUUUUGAGUGCUAUGUCUGUCGAGAUUGUACAAAAAAGUACCCUUUUUUGAUGCAUGCAUCUGAUAAGCGAUUUAGCUAUGGAUUAUCAGAAGGACAAGAGAGUAUUUAUUUAUGGGUUUUGCCAUCUGAUAAAAUCAAAGACGACAAGAAAGUCGAAGCUGAAACCGACAAGAUCAAAGACGAUAAAGAAGUUGGAGUCGACAGCAUCAAAAGCGAUAAAAAAGUGGAAGUUGAGGAUAACAAUUCCAAAGAAGAUAAAGAAAUUGAAGUUGAGGAUGAAAAUAUAGAAAAUGCACUUAUUGGUGAAAAAAGAAAGUUACAAGACAGUCAGGAUCCUAUCAUUCCGAAUACAUUCAAGAAACAAAAGAUAGAUCAGUCAGAAGAAUGUCAAAAUGUUGAUUUGACAUUAUUGCCUCCCCAUGAUCAUAUUGAGUUAUUCUUACAAGAUAAUUGGCGUCAAGGCUUAUGUAAAUGCCAAAAGUGUGCAGAAACAUACAAGCAAAACAAUGUUGAGUUCCUAUUGGCAGAAGAAAAGACAUAUGAGCCUGAGGAAGACGAAGAUGCUGGAAAAUCACUAUUGGAAGUAGGCAUGGAACAACUUCAGCGUAUUGAUCGAGUCCAAGCAUUAGAAAGUCUAAUGGCAUACAAGACAUUAGCAGAUGAUAUCAAGACGUACCUUGAAUCUUUUAAAGACACGGGAAAAACUGUAACAAAGGAAGAUAUUGAGGCAUUCUUUGCUAAGAAACGUCAGGAAAGAGAAGAACAUUAGUACAAUUCGGGGUAGAAAGUGUAUUUUAUGCACUGAUUAAAAUAACACAUAUUAAAGCGUUCUUUACCUUGUUAUAGUUCUUUUAUUACUAUGGCUUCCUUGUAUUUUGUGUCUUUUCACUCUUUUUUCCCCUGUCAUUCAAAGAACAACAAAGGCUGGAUAUCCAUCUCAAUUUUUGGUUGCUAAGCAAAAGGUUCUCAAAAAAACACGGUUGUUAAAUAAAGACGCGUCUCAAUUAACAGACUGCUUUUUUCGUGACCGACAUAAGCCUUUUUAAGAUGGGAGUUCUAUUAAAGUUUUUAUCUCUCUCCCUCUCUCUCUCUUUUUUUUUUCUUUAGUCUAUGCACUAUGGAAGUCUU